CGGUGCGCGGGCGCAGUUAAUCCAUUGCUCGCUUGUACGUCGUUGAGUGAACUUGCUUUCGGCACUGGAUAAUAUCGUGGUUUUUUUAUUUGUAAAAAAUAAAAAAUGACGACCGCGCACGUCCUGCUCACCGUAAGCACUACGUGGACCGCCAACAACGAUAUCUGUGAGAAAGAUGAGCGCGUGGGCCGGUCCAUUAGAAACAUAGCAGCAGUAGCGGCAAGAGAACUCAGAGAAACUCCAGCAACUAAGGAACAAGCUAUACGAAUUAUGCGCGAUUGGAUACAAAAGAAUAAUGACAUUAAAAAUGUUAGACAAGAUGAAUCAUUCCUGCUACGUUUUCUUCGUCACAAGAAAUACAGCGUGCCAAUGGCUCAACAGACGCUCUUGAAAUACUUGAACCUAAGAAAGUUUUAUCCUAACAUUUUCACUAAAUUGGACUGUGAAGAUCCAAAAGUAAAGGAGAUUCUUAGUAAUGGGUACAUAGUUGUUUCGCCGCUUCGAGACAGCAAGGGUCGUCGGGUCAUCGUUUACAACAUGGGCAAAUUCGACGCGACGAAAUUCGGCUGUUGGGACAUGUGCCGCGCUCAUAUUGUAGUUUAUGAAACCUUGAUGGAAGACCCGACGGACCAGAUUUUCGGUUUCACACACGUGGGCGAUGGUAACGGAUCGACGACUGCUCACGUGACCACUUGGAAUCCCAUAGACUUUGCGCGUCUUAUAAAGUGGGGUGAACAAUCAAUUCCAAUGCGUCAUAAAGAGUUCCAGCUCAUCAACAUUCCGGUCGCCCUCAAGUACAUAAUCGACUUUGCGAAAAGCAAAGUCUCCACCAAAAUGAACGAAAGAUUACACAUCCACACAAAUAUCAAGAAUCUUCAAAAUGAAGUAGAUGUAUCCUGCUUACCAACGAAUUAUGGUGGUCACAUACCCUUACAGGAUAUGGUCAAAUACACGAGAGAUCUGAUGAUGGAGAAAAGACAGACGCUACUCGCUCUAGACGAGAUGGAAAUAAUAAACGCAUCUGGAAUAAUAUCUUCACGAAACCCAUCGAAGAUUAUAAAAGGCGGCAGCGUGUCCGUCGAAGGCAGCUUUAGAAAAUUAGAAAUAGAUUAACUGUGAUGUAUGAUUUAGAUUAAAGUAGACCUUCUAAGCAUUUACGUAUUGUAAAUAGGUUAAGAAAAUACAGGAUCUAAAUAUUAAUAUCGUAAUAAUAGUCAUGUGGUGUCAUUGGUGGUAGCUACGAGUGAUAAGAGUAUUCUUUCUUAUCAGUCAUCGACUAUGAGUUUGAGAAUAAGUAAUGGUAUAAUUAGCUAAAGGCAGAAAAUGUAACGAUUAUUAAAUUUGCAAUUUGUACAAUAACGGCCUCACUUAUAAACUUCGAACAGUGAUUAUCAUUUAUUGUAAAAAGAUUGUUCAUCUAAUCACUCCACCUUAAAAAUAAUAUUUAAAUAUAAUAAAUUAGCGAAAUAAUCAGCUGUAAUUUAAUUAAAAAACACAAUAUAGGCAGCGUAAUAAAACUAGAUAAUAAUUUGUUGCUCUCAUUCCAAAAUAAAAAAAUAAUAUUCGUCUUUAGUGAUUUAUUAUAAUGAUGUAUGUUCUUCUUUCUACUGUGAAAUCAAUUGUGACAGAACGAGAUAACUCGAUUUUUAAUUGAACUGUGAAAUAACGUUUACAAAUACGAAUAUAAUUUAAGUGAAAUGUCUCUCUGGUUAGGAAAACGCCACGUCUUUGUAAUACAUUAGAAUAUAUCUAUUUUGAAAUUUUCGUUUUGAUGUAUCGAAUUCAUAGUAGGUAAAUACAUUUAAAAUUUCUAUUAAUUAUCUUAAGAUUGUAUUUGAGAAAAUUUCAUUGUUUCAAAAAUGUAGUUAGUUUUAAUAUUGAUAUCCAAAUGACUUUAUAGAUAUCGUGGCUAUGUAGUCGUUUGUGUUUUGAACAUUCAGCGUUCAAAUAAUCUUUGGGUAUGUGAUAAAACUUUUAUAUAUAAUUUAAUGAUUAAAUUACUAUAAAACAAAUGAUUAAAUAUUAAAUGUCAUUUUAAUUAAUGAAAAAAACAGUAACGAC